GUUCAUAGUUGUCUUAGUAAGAAGAAAAGGUUCCGAUGGAUCCAGUCGUGGCUCUGGUUCUCUGUCUCCCCUGUUUGCUUCUCCUUUCCCUCUGGAAACAGACCUAUGGGAACGGGAAGCUCCCGCCUGGCCCCACUCCUCUCCCAAUUAUUGGAAAUAUCUUACAGUUAAAUGCUAAGCACAUCAGCAAAUCUUUGAGCAAGCUCUCUAAAACCUAUGGCCCUGUGUUCACUCUAUAUUUGGGCUGGAAGCCCACUCUGGUGCUGCAUGGGUAUGAAGCAGUGAAGGAAGCUCUGGUUGAUCAUGGAGAGGAGUUUUCUGGAAGGGGCAGUUUCCCACUGGGUGAAAGAACUUCUAAAGGACUAGGAGUCGUGUUCAGCAAUGGAAUGACAUGGAGGGAGACCCGACGCUUCUCCCUCAUGACCCUGAGGAAUUUCGGGAUGGGAAAGAGGAGCAUUGAGGACCGUGUUCAGGAAGAAGCCCGCUGCCUUGUGGAGGAGCUGAGGAAAACCAACGGUGGGUGA